UCAACGUCGCGCGGUUACCCUGAGCGCCGUGGGUCAGUACGUGGAGUUCACCAUGCCCACCCAGGCCAAUUCAAUUGUGGUUAGGUAUAGUAUCCCGGACACCACCGAUGGCAAGGAUAUUCAAGUUCGCGACGCUAAUAUCGACCUUUAUGUGGGUGGCACUAAACUGACCCCGUUGACAUUCACCAACAAAUACAGCCAUUAUUACGGCGGCUAUCCGUUCAAUAACAAGCCCUCAAGCGGUAAACACCAUCACUAUUACGAUACCGUACGCACCCUCCUAGACAAGUCGUACCCAAAAGGCACCUUGGUGAAACUGCAAGUGUCGUCGGUGGACGUGUCGCCAUCGUUCACCAUUGACCUCGCUGAUUUUGAAUUGAUCGGGGCGCCCAUUCCGCAGCCAUCGGGCUCACUGUCCGUUACCGACGCCGCCUACGGGGCCGACCCGACCGGUAAAGUCGACUCGACGAAGGCCUUUCAAAAAGCCGUUGACGAUGGCCACGCUCAGGGCAAAACAGUGUACAUACCCCGGGGUACUUACACGCUGUACGAUCACGUAAUUGUGGAUGGCGUUAAUCUGACCGGGGCGGGACCUUGGUACUCGGUGCUCGGCGGUAGGGACCCGAAGGAUCACCAUAAAGCGUGCGGCAUAUACGACAAAUUGCAGACUAAUUUCAACGAUAUAUCACAAGACAUCCUGUUAUCAAAAUCAAAUCAGGGAAAGACUAUUAGUAGUAAUCUAUUAGAAUUAGAGGCAAUGUCUGUCCGUAUAUUCGAGGGCACAAAACACGCCAACCUAUACGCCCGGUUCAGGCCUACCAUUCCCGACGCGGUCAUCGAUGUUGUGCUGAAUUUUUUGCGCCAAAAGAUACCGUCGGAUAAGUGGGAUAUUGCUGUGGAUGUGGGCUGUGGUAGUGGACAGGGAACUCAUAAGUUGGCCAAACAUUUCAAGCGGUGCUACGGUUUCGAUGUGAGUCCGGCGCAGAUUAAUGAGGCGAAAGGCGCUCACCAUUCAGAUAAUAUUUCCUAUGAUGUAUGUCCGGCCGAGAAGUUGCCAUCGAUUUCCACAAAUAGUGUGCAACUGUUGACCGCCGUAGAGGCCGCCCAUUGGUUUGACUUCAAUGCCUUCAUUCAAGAGUCGACUCGUGUAUUGUCGGACAAUGGGGUGAUCGCACUGAUAGGCUAUGUGUUCCCCAACCCGACCGACCCGUGCAAUCCCAACGACCACUCACUUCUUGAGAUGAUUACUGAUCUGUUUUUCGACGACCGUUUGGCGCCAUUCAAGAACCCGAAGUGUGUUUCGCUUGAAAGGCAUUACAGAGACAUUGAGUUCCCCAAGAAUUAUGAGUCUAAACUUAUGGACAAUAUCGCGAGCACUAAGCGAGUGUUAGCCGAAGACAUAAUCGGAUACAUCGAGUCCUGGUCUAUAUAUCAGGGUCUGGCGAAGGCUGACAGGGAGUCGGCAGAAGUCAUAUCGCAAGAAGUGAGACAUAAAGUAAAAUCCAUUUUAAAAAUUAAUGAUUUGUCAGCAAAGGAAGUGAUCUUUAAUUUUGAUCAUUUCAUAGCAAUUGCACGCAAAGUGAGUAAUAAUUGAUAAUAUUAAAUGAAUAGUCUGGCUAAGUCUAUGAUUUUAUGUGGAUGUUUGCCAUAAUUAUUGAUUUGAUUAGUG